AUGCAUUUAACAUUGUCGACACAUUUAUUAACACUUGACAAACGUUAUGAACUAGUUCGAUGGCCACAACGUGUUAUUGGAUUGAUCUAUUAUAAGGGUUGCGAUUAUGUACGUGCUCCCGAGCAAUGGACACGAAUUAUGGAUGAUAAUGACAAAAAUGACUCGUUUCAUAAGGCAAUCUGUUGUUUCUAUCUUGAUCUUACUUACAGCAAAUUAAAACAUUAUAAACAAGCAAUUGAAGUGUUUGAACGAGCACUUGUUCACACUUGUAAUAUGCCAGCGAUUUUCGAAGCUCAAUGUCAAAUGCAAAUUGGUCAUUCAAUUGAGCUCCAAGGAAUCGACUUCCCUCGUUGUUUUCAAACAGCUAGAGUUCAUUAUGAAAAAGCGCUCGAUUUAUAUGAAAAUCAUAUUGAACCUCCGGAUGAAGUUGCGUUGGCACUGUGCUACGCAGUUAUUCGCAAUUGUCAUUUCUUCGAGAAUGCAUUCAGUGAAGACGCCAAUCGAUAUUAUUUGAAAGCGAUCCACGUAUAUGACGCUAUUUUUCUAUUACAAGCACCGCCACCCGUUCUUACUCAAGCACGUCUUAUUAUCGUUGGUGUUCUCUUUCAUAUUGCUCUCACUUACUACCAAGAAUUUUCGAUGAUAUAG